AUGUGUGGUAUCUUUGCAGCCUUCAAGCAUGAAGACAUUCAUGACUUCAAACCAAAAGCUCUACAACUAUCCAAGAAAAUCAGACACCGUGGCCCAGAUUGGUCAGGUAAUGCCGUUAUGAAUUCGACCAUCUUCGUUCAUGAGAGGUUGGCUAUUGUUGGUUUAGACUCUGGUGCCCAACCAAUCACUUCAGCUGACGGUGAAUAUAUGCUUGGUGUUAAUGGUGAGAUCUACAACCACAUCCAACUAAGAGAGAUGUGCCCUGGUUACAAGUUUCAAACUUUUAGUGACUGUGAACCCAUCAUACCAUUAUAUUUGGAACAUGACAUCGACGCUCCAAAAUAUUUGGACGGUAUGUUUGCAUUUUGUCUAUAUGAUUCCAAGAAAGACCGUAUCGUUGCUGCAAGAGACCCUAUCGGUGUUGUUACCUUAUACAUGGGGCGUUCUUCUCAGUCUCCAGAGACCGUUUACUUUGCCUCUGAAUUAAAAUGUUUAACCGACGUUUGUGACAGUAUCAUUUCAUUCCCCCCUGGUCAUGUCUACGAUUCUGAAACCGACAAGAUUACUCGUUACUUCACUCCAGACUGGUUGGAUGAAAAGCGUAUUCCAUCUACCCCAGUUGAUUACCAUGCCAUUAGACAUAGUUUAGAAAAGGCCGUUAGAAAGAGAUUAAUGGCUGAAGUUCCAUACGGUGUUCUUCUAUCUGGUGGGCUGGACUCUUCUUUGAUUGCUGCGAUUGCUGCUCGUGAAACGGAGAAGGCCAAUACUGAUGCUAACGAAGACACCAAUGUUGACGAAAAGCAACUUGCAGGUAUUGAUGACCAAGGCCAUCUACACACGUCUGGUUGGUCGCGCUUGCAUUCGUUUGCGAUUGGUCUACCAAAUGCACCUGAUUUACAAGCGGCUAGAAAAGUCGCCAAAUUCAUUGGUUCUAUCCAUCAUGAACACACUUUUACAUUACAAGAGGGUUUGGAUGCUUUGGACGACGUGAUCUACCAUUUGGAAACUUACGACGUUACUACCAUCAGAGCUUCCACACCAAUGUUCUUACUCUCUCGUAAGAUUAAGGCUCAAGGUGUCAAAAUGGUUCUUUCCGGUGAAGGCUCAGACGAAAUAUUUGGUGGUUAUCUAUACUUCGCACAAGCUCCUUCUGCGGCCGAAUUUCACACCGAAUCUGUGCAACGUGUUAAAAACUUACAUUUGGCUGAUUGUUUGAGGGCUAACAAAUCCACCAUGGCUUGGGGCCUAGAGGCCCGCGUUCCCUUCUUGGACAAAGACUUUUUGCAGCUAUGUAUGAAUAUUGAUCCAAAUGAAAAGAUGAUCAAACCAAAAGAAGGCCGUAUCGAAAAAUAUAUUUUAAGAAAGGCAUUCGACACCACAGAUGAACCAGAUGUUAAGCCAUACCUACCGGAAGAAAUCUUAUGGAGACAAAAGGAACAAUUUUCCGACGGUGUUGGCUACUCAUGGAUUGACGGCCUAAGAGACACUGCUGAAAGAGUCAUUUCAGACACCAUGUUUGCCAAUCCAAAGGCUGACUGGGGCGAUGAUAUUCCAACUACUAAAGAGGCUUACUGGUACAGGCUGAAGUUUGACGCUUGGUUUCCUCAAAAGACCGCCGCCGACACCGUCAUGAGAUGGGUGCCCAAGGCCGAUUGGGGUUGUGCCGAGGAUCCUUCAGGUAGAUACGCCAAAAUACAUGAAAAACACGUCAGUGCUUAA